AUGUUGGUAACUUACGAUGAUGAUACAUUAACUGUUAUUCAAAAUAAAACCAAAAAGUUGCGUGAUGAUCCUCAACUUGAUCUUGAUAUUCGACUUCAGUUAUGGAAAGAAACUCUUCAUGUUAGACGUAAAGCUAUUCGUAAUCAAACAAUGUCAGAAAUUCUUGAAGAAUUUCGUGGAUAUAAAGAGCCAGUGUUGAUUUUUGAAGAAGUAAAGAUGAUAAUGGGAGCUGAUUUACGUGCUGUCGUACGUCGUCAAAUACCAAUUUUACUUGAAAAGAUUAUUGUAACACCUGCUUUUAUUACAGAUUCUCCACCAAUACAACUUAUUCGUGUACUUUGUCGUCAAUUCGAUGAAUCAGUUCACCAUUUAUAUUGCAAUACAUCACCAUCAAGUCCAUAUCCAUCAAUGGUGUUUACUGAUAAUACAAUCAUUGUGUUUACAGAUUUUCUUUCAAUUGUUUCAACAACAUCACCUGAUGAUGGAUUAGCACUUGUACUAGCAAUGUAUGUUGUGUUCGAACUAAAUUUUCCUAAAAAUGGUCGAGCAAUACGAUUUUUAUAUGCAAUCAUGUUUGGUGAUACAAGAUAUUUAUCAAAUAAAAUGCGUAGUCUAAUCAAGGAAAAGAAUAUUGAAAUUUAUACUGAACAAAAUCGAAAAAUCUGUGAAAGUACAAAUUUGGUUUCAAACAGUCACUCAGCUGUUACUAAUGAUACUCAAUCUUCAUCACAAGCUAGUUCUAAUUUAUUAUCUACCCCACUUGAUGAUAUUUAUCCAUUACAUAAUAAUAAUUUAAACAUCAAUAAUACUAUUACAUCUACAGAGCUCGAUGAUAUAAUUCGAAAAUCUUCAUCAAAUGUUGAUUGUCAAAAAAAAUCUGAACAUUUUUCAAAAAAAAUCGUAAAGAAAAAAGCAUUAACAUGUGAUAGUGAUGAUGAUUCACAAAAUGGUAUUAAUUCUUUAGUUGAUACAAAUUUACAUGUUGGUACUCGUCACAAGAUUCAACGAAAACGUCGUUACUAA